GAAGAGAAAUCAAGAUUUAAGCAGCCAUAUUAAAAUAAAAGAAUAAAAAAAAUCUUAAACUUGACAAGUUAACAAGAAAAUGGUUUAUCCUCGCAGUGAUGGUGAAUGUGUGACAGUGCUCAGUAUCGAUGGAGGUGGAGUCCAAGGGAUAGUUCCUGCAGUCUUACUCAAAUACCUCGAAACUCAGCUCAAGGAACUUGAGAAGCAAAAUGGAGGGAGUCCAAAUGAUGUAAGAAUUGCAGAUUACUUCGAUGUGGUUGGAGGAACAGGAACUGGCUCUCUUAUGGCAGCCAUGCUCACAAAACCAAGCAAGCUUCAAGCCGAACGUCCUCAAUAUGACAUGGCAGAUAUUAUUGCUUCAUUAAGAGAGAUAAGCCGCGACACUUUUUCCGAUGAGGAUGAGCAAAACAUAAUUGAAAGAACCGUAAACUUAGCUUUCGGUGCUUUUGGUUUGUUUACUUCAACAGUUAGGACUUUUCUUGAUCCAAACAAGAAAAUAUGGAGCAUAGUCGAUGAAUUCUGGGAAAGAAAUUGGGAAGCAGAUAUUUGUCCCUUUCAAGAAUUUGAUACCAAGUUAAGAAACAAGCUACAAAAUAUACGACUCGACCAGACAUUGAGCGAUGUCGUUGUUCCUGCUUUCCAUUUCGACAGCACAAGACCUGUGGUUUUCUCCACCAGUCAGGCAAAGAAACUUCGUGAACAUAAUAAUGAGGAUGUAACUCUAAGAGAUGUAGUUCUCAGCUCCUCAGCUACCCCUACAGUUUUUCCUUUCCAUUCUUUCAAAUACUGUGGCAAAUUUGCAAGGUUCGCUGAUGGCAGCGUCGUCGCUAACAAUCCUACAUUGCUUGCCUUGACAGAAGGAGCAAGACUUUAUGGAAGUGGACCAAACUACAAAAACUAUCUGGUCCUGUCUUUAGGAACUAUAAGACGAAGAGCUCCACCCAAUGACAUAUGGGCCGUCCCUUCUGUGAUCAUAGAUUAUAUUUCAAAAAGAAUUUGGAAGGGCAUAAAGGCUAGAGUUUUGCAGUAUAUGUACAUUUUAUUUGGUGACAUUAUGGAAAUGUACAUGACUCAGAUUGUCCCCAGCCAGCUGCACGAGGGCCGUCUCAAUUAUCUACGCGUCCAGGGUUUUGAACCAAAUAAUCUUGUGCCUUCAAUUGUGGAUGGAUCAACAACUGGUUUUGAGGAGUUAAAGAGAAUUGCUUUUAAAAUCCUGAAAAACCACGCCACUGUGGUUGACCCAAAUACUGGAGCUCAUGCGAAGCAGAAUUACACUAAUGAAGAAGCUUUGACAUUCUUUGCUCGACAACUACAUACUGAAAGGCAAAGGAGGCUUCUCAACAGCAACAACCACAUGUGCAAAAAUAUAUAAUAAUAAAGAUCAGACAGACAAGGACCUUCAAAUUUAUGAAUAAAUCUGUCCAUAAUCUCAUUUACUUGUAUAUAUCUGCUUGUAAUAAUGUUUGGGAUGUAUCACUAUCAUAUUAUAACAAAUAAAUAAAUGUCUGAUCAUGUUCCUUUAUAUACAUCACGCAAACAUUAUAAA